UUGAUAUACACAUCGGCCGUGGCGACAACUAUGGCGUUAUAGUGACAAGUUUAUGGCGUCAUAGCAGAAGUACUGGAGAUCGUGCAGGAGAACACAGGUGAGAGAUAAUGACUGAGCCAGCAAGAGAGAUGGAGGUGCUUGAGGAACCCGUCACCUGGGCCCACAUCCUGCCUAGAGUCCUGACUUUUCUCACCACUUUCCUCUCCUCUGACGCAGAUAAAUCCUCACUAAGCAAAGAAGCAGUUGAAUUGGCCUCCAAGUUUUUUAGUUUGGGUGCGGAUACUCAAGCAACCUUCGGCUUGACCUCCAGCUGGAUUGACCUCAUCACUGGAGGAGGUUCAUGGGUUAUUACGUUUCUCACCGUCCCCAUUCUCCUCGCCUUCGUCAUCUGGUACUUCAUCACCACCUUUGUUAUUAAGAAGAACGUACUUGGCCGGAGCGUCUGGUCAUCGUCAGAGGUCAACAAGCAAGAUGAAGUGUUUGAUAAGUUAUCGAGGCAGGUAGUAGAGGCCAUCGACAACCCUUGGUAGCCACAACAGCACUCCCGUCUCAUAUAGUUUACCACGGCAUCGUUCAAGAGAUCAUUUACCUGACCUAAGUGUGAGUCUCGAUGCACGAAGAAAAAUAAUUACCAGUGACUGUAAAUUUAGUAAACAGCAUUAUCUUAACACAACAUUAACUUAACAGGAGACAAACUUUCAUUAGUGAAGAGAAAUGAGAAAUUGUUUUUGUGGCAGCAGUUGAGAUUAGCCUUUAUGGCUGACAUUUUCCUCAUAUUACGAUUUAUUUUAAAUUCUAGUAUUAACUAUGCUCAUUAGGUAAGAAAUUAGAAAAGUUUCAACUGACAUUUAUUAAAACGAUCGUUCACAUAUCACAACAGUGAGAGUUUAUAUAUAUUACAAAUUUUACCUUAUAUAUUAAACUGUUAAACAGUUCGCUGACAAGACAAUCCAGAUCACCUGAAGCAUCACCCCCCCCCCUCCUCCACAAACGCUACCGAGGGAGGGAGAUUCUUUAGGAAAUGCAAAUAUCCGUCGCAAAAAAAAAGUGA